AUGGACCGGCGGCGGAGAGCCCCCCUGGCUCUCACCUUGAACUUCCUCGCGCUCCUCCUGGCGGUGUCGGCGCUCACCACCAGCUACUGGUGCGAGGGCACGCGCAAAGUGGUGAAGCCGCUGUGCGCCGGCCCGGUGAGCACCAAGCAGUCCUUCUGCAUCACGUUCAACAGCUCCAACGUGAACGACACGCGCCUCGUGCAGUACAUCUGGGAGACCGGCGAGGACAAGUACGUGAUGAGGAAGUUCCACACCGGCAUCUGGUUCUCCUGCGAGCAGAACAUCAACAUGAGCGGGGAAAAGUGCAGAAGUUUCAUCUACGUGGCUCCAGCAAACGAAAGAGGAGUACUGUGGCUUUGCAUCGUGGCAGAGUGUCUGUACAUCCUCCUGCUGGCCACAGGAGGCAUCCUCAUGUCGUUAGAAGUGUGUCACUUCGGCAACGUCAUUGAUGGCUUAAAGCUCAACGCCUUCGCUGCCAUAUUCACUGUACUUUCAGGACUGUUGGGUAUGGUGGCCCACAUGAUGUUUACCACAGCCUUCCAGCUGACCGUCAGUCUGGGACCAGAGAACUGGAAACCUCAAACGUGGGACUACAGCUGGUCUUACAUUUUGGCGUGGAGCUCUUUCACGGCCUGCAUGGCGUCCUCCGUCACCACCAUCAACCGCUACACCAAGACCAUCCUGGAGUUCAAGCACAAGCGCAGGAACAUUGAGAAGAACCUGAAGAUCAAACAGAAGCUGUUGGAGCUGGACUCCCCAGAGCAAGUGUGGGACAUGUACAUCAGCUCGGUGCCGAGCACCGCCGAAGAGCUGCUGGACCUGUCGACGAACAGCCGCAAGCUCUCCAACGCGUCCAUCUUCCUGGACCUCAACGACUUGCCAGAUCCACAAGGAGAGGAGUACUGCUAGGAGAGCAGAGGGUUCUGAAACAUCGCUUCAGUGCGACAAC